AUGCGACCAUGGAAAAGUUUUAUCGGCAUGCGGCGCAGGGAUCGAACGCCGGGCUGGCGGCCGGCCACUCUUCGCGGCCCGUACUUGGGCUCGUUGGGUGGUCUCAUGUUAGCAAUGCUGAUCUCAUUAGGAGGGGUUUACCUGGGUAGUGCUGCGAGAGGAGGCCUUGCGGUCUUCAGCUCGACCGAGGACAUAGCUCCCGCCAAACAGGUGGCCUACACCUUUGUGCCCAUGGUUUUGGGCGUCAUCAUCGGUGUAAUGUGGUCCUUCACGGAGGCAGCUCGGAACCGGCAUUGGGUGGCGCUUUGCGUGUCGGUCCUGAGUAUUUUGCUGCAGUUGGUCCUUCCAGUGGUCUUGGGCAAUCUUGUCAAUGCAGAGGUGGUCUCCGUUCACGUCCCACAAACGCUGAAAACGUGGCCCAAACUCAUCAACCUAGAUACUCACGCCUACUGGAGCUUUCGCGAGAUGACUUACAAAGCUUUCUCCGCCUAUCAUGCCCAAUCUCCCUUUGACCCAAUCGGACCCAGAAAAUAUACUAUUCCCCCAGUCCUAACAUAUUGGGAUAGUGGGUCAGAAGAGGAUAUGUGGAAGCUGAACCAAUCGGUAUAUUGGGCUGAGGUUUCCUGCGCUUAUAUCCGGGGCGAUGGCCUGUUUCAUAGCCUGCAAUCGGGGAUAAACGUAUCAGCCGGGCCGGAGCUUGUUCUCUCAGGUGGCGAUGACGGCCAACUGGCAAGUGCUUCCAAGGCUUUCGAGUCCUGCACCGUGCGACCAGAUCAGGAAGAGUUCGCAAAUAAUACUCAGGCACGGUCUUGGAAGUUUUUACGGUGGAGUGCAAAGUCACAACUAUGCGGACAAUUUGAUCUGAUCGGAGUAGCAGUAAAUGUGGGAUCAGAUGAGCAACGCAGCUCCAAUGAACCCUCACGCCAGCUUAAACCAUUUGGCUGUAGUGUCAAUUACAUGACAGCCGAGGCGGAGGUCACUCUGUAUGCGAAUGGCUCGGUCGCUAAGAUUGAUAUGGAUCCCGACGCAGCCUCUGACCUGUCGGAAUUGGAUUUCGAUACGACCAAAUUUAGCAGCUCCUUGCUACGCAUGGUCCUUUCCACAAACAAUCCGGAUCUCCAAGAUGAUUCCCCGGCCUCGCAAAUACUAUAUACAAAGGACAUAUGGUUCGAAGUUGAUCAAGCCGUCAGUCAAGCCUUCGUACCAUUGAUGAGCCGUACGUUUGAUCUUCGACACACCGUCCAGGUCGACGGCAUUCGUAUCGUUCAGCGGGUCGCAUUACUAGUACAACCGAGCAGUGUCCGCAUAGCAGGCGUGAUUCUAGGGUUCGGAGUGAUGGUCGUUGCGGGUCUUCUCUAUCUAUACCCUCGUCGCUCGAAUUUCUUGGGCAGCAACCCUGCUUCUAUUGCGUCGAUGUGCUGCAUAGCAACGGAUGUCCUGGACGAGGCAAGCCUGGAGAAGCUCUCCCAGAUGGGACUGGAAGUGCUAUCAACCCGGCAGCUUCGACUCAUUCUACGCAAAUGCAGCUGCCGCUGGCGGGAAACCAUGAAAGGGAAACGUCUAGUGAUAACAUUUCCUGACGAAUCCACUCCUCGAAGCACACGGAAGUUCCGGCGAAGAACCGACCCACCACCACCUUUCCUCAUGAUCCCCAUCUUCAUCCUUGAAAUUUCUGCGUUUUUUGCCGCCUUAGGGGGAAUACUGGUCAUCCUGACGAAGUCCUGGGAGUACGGGUGUUUCCCUCCUCUGACCGAUAUAAAAGUGGAUGAUUUAAGAAGUCUAUGGAUGCUACUUCCUCCUGCGAGCGCUGCAUUCAUGCGGGGAUUAUAUAUAUCAGUCUACCAGAAUUUCACGAUCCUGGAGCCCUGGUUCAUACUCCAAAAGGGGAACGCAACCGCUCGGACCUCCCUAUUGCUGGACUACGGCUCCCAGAGCCCAUUUGCGGUGACCCUAAAGUGUUUCAAUCGUCGCUAUCUGCUCCUUGGCCUUGUGUCCUUGACGUGCAUCCUCAACACGAUCCUAACGGUCUUAGCGAGUGCGCUUUUUGCUUUGGAGUACACCCCAAUGGCUACGAAGGAUGUGGUUAAAUCCGUGUAUGAUGAUCGAUCCUACACUAUUGGUAACCAUACUUGGAUCUUGGCUGAGGCCGAUGUCUUCCAGAGUAGCAUCUACACUGGGAUAUCCACACUUCCUUGGACCACUGCUACUCAUUCCCUACUGCCUGUGCAGACAAACAUGACCGAAGACCAAUGGGCCACAAGUCCGCUAAUCGGCAUCGGUGCCAAUCUGACAUGUCAACCGCUUUCCGUGGCAGACCAUCGGUCCAACGACAUCCUUUCACACGCAGCGUAUUGGAAAUAUUCUCCAUCCGGCUAUCCGAACACGACAUGUCAGAUCAGCGCCCAAGAAUCCGCUCUCGGCGGCUUCAAAAGGAUUUUCAACGUUGAUUUUAUCGCUCCGACGGAGUCUGACCAAAGCCAUCCUCUAUGCCAGAGGCCUGGAAUUAUUGUGGUUGCGCAGUCAAACGAAGCCGGCCUUGAUGUUGUUCCGCCGGAAAAUACUGCGGCCUUGUACUGCGAGUCCAGUGCGACGAUUCAAUCUUUCCUUUCCACCUUCGACCUUCGAGGAUACAUAGAAACCUUUAGUCCCAUAAACGAAACCUCCAUCGUGGAGGGCCCCAUGUUCGCCAACGUCACGGCUAGUCUAGCUAAUUAUAAUCGAGCAUUUGCGAACCCGCUCGACUCCAACAUCACACAUUAUCCACCGAAAGACCGCCAUAAGAUACUCCAGAACUGGUUUGGACUUUUGGCGGCCCAUGUGUACAAGCAGAUGAACACGAACGACCUCAAAACGAUCGAUAUCGACCUUUUGAUUGAGGCCGCGACCACUGUGUAUCAAACCGUGUUUGCCACGGAUGUCACACUUCACCGGGAUUUCCAUUUCAAGCGUCUGGACGCCCCGGUGCUUAUCCCCGAUGCUACCAUUUUCGACACCUUUAUGUCGUUUAUACCAGUGCGACCGGCUUUUCUCGUCGUUUUUAUGAUCAUUGCAUAUGAUACAUUUGUCCUGAUGUAUGUAUUUAUCACGCGACGGAGGCGAUUCGAUUUCCCCCGGAGUCCACGAGCCAUUGGCUCGAUGAUCCCCUGGAUUGCCAAGAGUAAGAUGUUGGACGACUUCAGGGACAUGUAUACGUGGAGUGUGUCUGAGCGGGAGGCACAUCUGGCGAAGUUAGAUAAGACGUACACUCUGAUCAGGACUGAUCUGAGUGACGGGAAGUGGACGUAUGCCCUGGAUGAGGAGCCCAGCCUUUCUGGGGAGACCGUCGUUCGUGAAUCGCCGUCUAAGGACCCUGUCAUUCAGAUCACGCCUAUUCAUGUCAAUAGUUAA